AAUUAGGAAAAACCUUGGAAGGGAAUUCGAUGCGUGAGAGAGAGAGAGAGAGAGAACGCGUGAGACGCGCAUUUGAUUCUGGCAGUGAGCCAUGUGAGCACACCGACAGCGAUGAGUAAAAAGUGCCAGCUGCAGCCCCGCUCGCUUCCUCUCUCCUCUCUCCUCUCUAUCUCUAUAUCAAUCCCUUCUCACUCCUCCAUUUAUAUCUUCUUCAUUUCUCACUCUCUCCCUUCCCUGUAUCUGCUCCCAGAGAUCUGCAUUUCCAUUUGAAAAAUCAUCUGUUGCUUCCUCCAUAACCAUGGCCAUGGCUAGGCUGCUGGUGUUCAUCGCCGUCGUUCUCCUCCCCGCCAUCGUCUCCGCAACCCGCCCCUUGGCGACACCAUUCACCGUCGAAGGCGCAGUCUACUGCGACACUUGCCGCUUCGGCUUCGAGACCUCAGCCAGCACCCCCAUCUCAGGUGCUAGGGUUAGAAUCGAGUGCAAAAACAGGGACACAAUGAAGCUGGUGUACAGCGUCGAUGGAGUGACCAACGCCGCUGGAAAAUACAAAAUCCAGGUGAAUGAAGACCACCAGGAACAGCUCUGCGAUGCGGUGCUGGUUAGCAGCCCACAACUGAACUGCGCCCAGGUAGAUCCUGGACGUGAACGUGCUCGCGUCAUCCUCACCGGCAACAACGGCAUGACCUCCACUCGCCGUUAUGCGAACGCCAUGGGAUUCGUGAGGGAUCAUCCAGUGGCCGUCUGCAGCGAACUGCUCAAGCUAUACCAGGAAGAUGAGUAGAGACGGAUCACCUCUCUACCAGUACCAUAAACCAUAUAUUAUAUAUACUGCUCCGAUCUAAUAUUUAUUUAUUCGAUCCCCAUCUUCUGUAGCUCUAAAUUAAUUUGUGACAUUGAUCGAUCUAUAUGUUUCCGAUUUGGGUGUGUA